CACACACACACACACACACACACACACACACACACACACACACACACACACCCAGUCAGGAUGAAGCUGAAAGAGGAUUUGAACCCAGUGCUGCUGCUGCUCUUCCAGGUGACGGUGUGGCUGUACUCUGUCCUAGCCUUCCUCCCCUCCUACCUCUUCAGCUCUGUGUCAGAAUCAGACGCAGGCCUCGGCUCAGAACAGGAGCGGGCUCAGAGACUCAAGGCCCAGUCUGUGACGGGUCGCCCCGCGGGGCCCUACAGGGCCAUGGGCGCCACCAAGAGGCUGGUGUCGUCCCUGCACCCCGGGGUAGACACACUGGAUAAGGUGUUUGAGGAUGCAUCCAGAAGGUUCCCUGACAGAGACUGCCUGGGCACAAGAGAGGUGGUCAUGGAGGAGGAUGAGAGACAGAGCAACGGAAAGGUCUUCAAGAAGGUGAUCCUGGGGCAGUACCGCUGGCUGUCCUAUGCCGAGACCCACAAGGCAGCAGCACGCUUUGGCAGUGGUCUUGCAGCGUUGGGCCAGAGGGCCCACAACAACAUUGCCAUCUUCUGUGAGACCAGGGCCGAGUGGGUCAUAGCCGCACAGGCGUGCUUCAUGCAAAACUUCCCCUUGGUCACUCUGUACUCUACCCUGGGGGGUCCGGCCAUAACUCACGGUCUGAACGAGACAGAGGUUAGUCACAUCAUCACCAGCAGAGAGCUACUGGAGACCAGACUCAAGUUCAUCCUGCUGGAGGUGCCCAGGCUGCAGCACAUCAUUGUGGUGGAUGACACACCCACCAAGUGGCCUGGUUACCCACGAGGCAUCAGUGUCCACAACAUGGCUACCGUUCAGGAGCUGGGGACCAAGCCUGAGAAUGUGUCUCGUGGGCGUAAACAGCCCAUGCCCUCUGACAUCGCUGUCAUCAUGUACACCAGUGGCUCCACUGGCGUACCCAAGGGCGUCAUGAUCUCCCAUAGCAACAUCAUUGCUGGCAUCACUGGCAUGGCAGAAAGGAUACCCAACCUGGGUGAGAAUGACACCUACAUCGGGUACCUCCCCCUGGCCCAUGUGUUGGAGCUGAGUGCAGAGCUGGUGUGUGUGGCUCACGGCUGCAGGAUUGGCUACUCCUCCCCCCAGACGCUAGCGGACCAGUCAACAAAGAUUAAAAAAGGCAGUAAAGGAGACACCAGUGUUCUGCAGCCGACUCUAAUGGCAGCUGUGCCGGAGAUUAUGGAUCGUAUCUAUAAGAAUGUGAUGACCAAGGUGGAGGAGAUGAGCAGUGCUCAGAGGACUCUGUUCACUCUGGCCUACAACUACAAGCUGGAGCAGCUCUCCCAGGGACGCAGCACGCCACUGUGUGACAACCUGGUGUUUAAGAAGGUUCGGUCCCUCCUGGGGGGGAAGACCAGGGUGCUGCUGUCGGGCGGGGCGCCCCUCUCUGCCGCCACCCAGCGCUUCAUGAACGUGUGCUUCUGUUGCCCCGUGGGCCAGGGCUACGGCCUCACCGAGACCUGCGGAGCUGGAACCAUCAGUGAGAUGUGGGACUACAGCACAGGGCGAGUUGGAGGACCGCUCGUUUGUUCUGAAAUCAAGCUCAAGGAUUGGGUGGAGGGUGGCUACCACAGCACAGACACGCCCAACCCACAAGGUGAGAUCCUGAUUGGUGGGCCCAACGUUACCAUGGGUUACUACAAGAAUGAGGCCAAGAACCAGGACUUCUUUGUGGACGACAACGGCCAGCGCUGGUUCUGUACGGGAGACAUAGGAGAGGUCCAUCCUGAUGGAUGCCUCAAGAUCAUUGAUCGUAAGAAGGACCUGGUUAAGCUCCAGGCAGGAGAGUAUGUGUCUCUGGGGAAGGUGGAGGCCAUGCUGAAGAACUGCCCCCUUAUAGACAACAUCUGUGCCUACGCCAACAGUGAAGAGAUGUACGUGAUUGGCUUUGUGGUGCCCAAUCAGAAGCAUCUGCUGUCGCUAGCGGAGCAGUAUUGUAUCCGGGGCUCGUGGGAGGAGCUGUGUAACAAUGCUGCCAUGGAGGGGGUGGUCCUGCAGGUCAUCACUGAGGCUGCCCUAUCAGCCCAGCUGGAGCGGUUUGAGAUCCCCCGUAAGAUCCGUCUGAGCCCCGACCCCUGGACCCCCGAGACGGGCCUAGUGACCGACGCCUUCAAGCUCAAACGCCAGCAGCUGAAGAGUAAGUACCAGGACGACAUCGAGAGAAUGUACGGCGGGAAGUAGGACCAGACCAGACCAGAACCUCUCCAAGCACAGAUCCAGCAUCUGCCUCAAGCCUCCAAGCUUUUAGCUCCAUCCUCCUAUCCCCACCAGACCCCCAUCCCGGACGAGCCCCCAUAAGCACUCAAUUUACUUGAAUCUACUUUGUUCUAAUGAGACCAAAAAAGAUCGACAGAGAAAGAGAUAGAGGGAGAGAAAUAGAUAGAGAAACAGAUUGAGAAAGACAGAGGGAGAGAAAUAGA